GGGUGUCCAUAUCAGUGAUGAAAUGUCUCUAGUAAAAAUGUUUUAUAUUAUAAUAUAAUAUAACUGAUCGUCAAUACUACAUCGAACACAAAGGCUUGUGAUCGCCAAGGUGAACCAUCGACCAAUCCAUAUUGGUCUCCUAUUUGCGCUUUGCAUUCUGAAAACGACAAUUCUCCAUUGCCAUGAUAACUCAAGCGAAUGCUUUAUGGAGAGUAUUCGACUAUCGGCGUGAGAACGGCUGCGCGAUUCACCGAGGGCCGCGGAGAUAGAAUGAAACGAACGCCUUCGAAGAGACUGGAUGUUGGAGACUUCAUCAGAACAUGCCACACAAGACAGCACAUCAACGAGUCACCAUUACAUGACAUGGAUAAACAUCCGUGGUUCAUAAUUAAUCAACCAAACGCGCACCUGUUCGGGAAGAUUCGUGGAGUGUUGCUGUCGGUCUGAGCAAUGGCUGCUCUAAGAAGAAUUCAUUUCACCGCACUCUCAAGCAAUGCACGCUUUCCUCUUCCCACCGUCCCCAAUGCCAGCGACCAGCCUGUCAACCAGGGUUUACCUGCACCUGCACCGGCGCCAGAGGCUGGAUCGCCACCACCUCCGCAUCCUGCAACAAGAGUGGAAUUAAAUCUCUUCGAGUCGAAUGAACAACGCUGCCCGGAGUUUAGCUACCCGGAUUUGAUCCGCGCAAAAGAAACUGCUGAGAAAAAGAAACCACAAACAUUAGAUGAAGUGGUGGAGGACAAGGAGAGAGAUGAACUGGAGGCGCUUGCAAAAAUGUUUGACGCAAAAUACGGUGGAGCUGGCAAAAGAAAAAAAGACCGGUUACAGGAUCUGGUGGAUAUGGGCUUUGGUUACGAUGAAUCUGAUUCAUUCAUUGACAACUCUGAGGCUUAUGAUGAGCUUGUCCCAGCUUGUCUCACCACCAGAUACGGAGGCUUCUACAUCAACUCUGGAACUCUGCAGUUCCGCCAAGCCUUUGAUGAAGGAGAGGAGAACGAGAAUGAUUGUGAGGACAGCGGUUUUAAAUCUAAGAAACGAAAGCUUAAGCAAGGAAAAGACAAGAAGAUUGGGAAGAAAAAGAAAGAGGAAGACAUGCUUACUAGGAAGGAAGAGGAGGAAGCCAGAAAAAGCACCCCGCCAGACAAAUCAUCUGCAAAGAAGAAGAAAAACAAGAAGCCGCUAAGUAUCGAUAAGAUGCUGAAGAAGUUCCACAAGGAAAAGCUUCAGCAGCUGCAGAUGUUCAACGCUAGAGAGAGAGAUUGGCAUGCUCUCAAUGGCACCGUGCAAGCUGAGGUUCAAGAACCGCCCAUAUCAGCUGACCCUCUUCUCACACUCAUUGGUUCUGCCAGUGCAGAUGACCUCCUUCAGGCGGUCAAAGCAGCAGAGCAAGACUUUGACUUAGAUAGACUCUUAGGGGAGCCGCAGAACGUCUGCUCUCCAAGCCUGGAAGACAACGGAGAGGCUCUGGUAGUGUCCGUCACUGAGAAACCCACUUCAUUACUUCCCGAUGGCCUGCCACCUACAUUAGAGCAACUUAUUAAGGAACUUUCCCAGGCUGUUAAGGAAAUUGAAGGACAAAACAAGAUGGAGAUUUUGUCUUCAGAACUCAACAGUGUUCUACUAGAUGUGGAGGUGAACUCUUACCAGCUUAGUGGGAAAGUGCGCUCCAGAAUCUUCUCAUACUUGGCAUCACAGCUGUCCUGCGGCAAAGGCACUCUGGUUAAAAGAGCCAAAAAACUCCACAGUCUACAGCAGGAUGAACAGCUGCGGGAGCUGCUGAAGAAGCGAGAAUGCGGUUACCAGGUCCAUGCCAGAACAGAUCACCCGUUUCCAGAAUCACUGCCAAGCUCACUCUGAAGCCAGAGCUGCCAAACUCGAGGCUGAGAAAGAGAGGGGGAUUGAUGGCUCUGAUGAAGAAGAAGAGGAGAGGAGUGGAAAACGAGUGUUUGG